CAACUUCAUUACGUCAUUGCUGACAAACUUGACAAGUCUCACUAAAUGUACUUAAUUAAUGUUAAACUAUGUAAUUACUUUUUUUUAAAAAUCCCCUAAUUAUGUUUUAACGUGCUAAAACCGGUUGACGCGACGACGGAAUGUUUGUGAGCAGGUCUCGAUGACGACGACGCUAGACUGGAUCGAGUCUUCCCUGGAGCGCAGCGCCCGUCUGGGCCUGCAGGUGCUGGAGCGAGCCUCCAGGCGGAAGGUGGACUGGACGACGCCCCCGCACAUCUACGCCACCGACAUGCCCGAAGACCCGGUCACACGUAACAAGAGAAGCCGGAGAGAGUUGGAGGAAGCCUUCGCCACCAUCGCGGAGUACAUGGUGACGACCAACUACUACUGCAAGAAGUUCUACCAGCUGGCGGGUUGUGUGGACAUGCCCAAGUCUGAAAAGAAACAUAUGAGUCGCUUCCAUAAGCAUAUCAACGCUUAUCCACCGCCACCCGGGCGACACGGUAGAGGCACGUCGGCAGAGGAGGACUUCUACAUCGAGGUGGCCCCAGGAGAGUACGCGGUCAGCGCCAGCCUUCCGGGCUCACAGCAGAAGACUCAGAUGAUCAACCUCGGCGCCGGCGAGACGGUCAGCCUCACGUUUGACCUCUGACCCGGACUCUGACUGUCACUAGUAAUGAUACAUAUAUACACACAUAUAUUUUUUUACGUCAGCGUUUUUUUAUUGAUACCAAAUCCCACCGCCCAGUAUCAAAAUAAAGAUUUUAUUUUUCAA